CGUGAAGUGGGUGCCGGGGAUCAGUCAUUUGCUUGUACCGCUCGAUCUUUGCGAUAGCUUCUCUUCUGAUAUGUGGCGGUAGUAUACCAGAUAGCCUAUAUAUGGCUGGCAAGGGUGUUGAUUUUAAGGUGCCAGUAAUUAUCCGACAUGACUUAUUUAACUAGAGGCGUGUACAUUGCCGCCGUGGUUAUGCUGGCCGCAGUGCUGGCGGUGACGCAGGCCACAUCAGUGCCGCCGCCGCCGCCACAGGACUGCAAGUACUGGUGCAAAGACCACAACGACCAAAACUAUUGCUGUGGCCUUCCACACGAGGAAUUCCCGCCCUUCACGAGUGAACACCCAGGUUUCUGUCCUGCAGUCCGCGACAGCUGCACUGGAGUCAGGGUUUCCAGGCCAAAGUUAUGUCCUCAUGAUGGAGUUUGUGACUUCGGAAGCAAGUGUUGCUACGACACCUGUCUGGAGCACCACGUGUGCAAGACUGCUGAGCCGCCGUUCGAUAUUCCUCACUAAGCUGAUAAGUCUGAGCGCCGCGCCGGAAUACCGCGGCGGACAUGUACCAGCAGUGAAAACCCAAAUAUACCAAAUGAAUAAAAUAAAGGUCACUCUAAGAAA